AUGCAUCGUCAAAAACCUAGACCAGAAGGAUUCAAUUCAAGAAUCAAGUUUAGUAGAGAGCAAUGUGUUAAGUUUGAAGUAAAUGAAGCACUUGCAGAUGUAGCUGCUACGGAUUGGUGUGAUGAGAAGCUGAUGGCCAAGAAUGUUGUUACCCUGUAUGGUUCAAUAUUCAGUUCAUAUUGUCAAAAGUUUCUUGAUACAUACUGCAAAAAUGCCAUUAAGUACUUCAAGGCAGAGAACGUGAUUAGCUCCUUUAAAGACGUAUAUAAUAAAGAACUUGAAGAGCUCAAAAUUCAACAGUUGAAGUCAGUACCAUCUCUAAAAGGAUACAGGAAUGCUAUUGCAGUGACAGUGCAGGAAUACGAUUGCUAUUAUCAAGAAGUCUCUGUAUCAACUACUACUGAUGCCUUCAACGGCUCUCAUGCUGUUCAACAUACUACUGAAUUUACUUCCAAAGACUCUCAUGCUGCUCAAGAAACUGAAGAUUUUGUUUCUGAAGGCUCUCAUGCUGCCCAAGAAAUUUCGGAGUCGAUUGUUGACUUUACUGAUUCUCCUCUGCUACAGUCAACCUUCCGAACAAAUAUUUUCAAAGCAGGCUAUAAAUACUUCAAAAAUCAACUUUCUUUAUUUGAUAUAGUAAACCUUGACAAAAUGGCCAAAAGUGUCGACCUUAAUAGUACUGGAUAAUGGUUCGAUAAGUUGUCAUACACUAUCUUACAAUCCGAGACUAAAAAUGAAACUGGUUUGGCUUUAAAGUAAAUUUAUGCAUACUCUACAGAUUUCUCACUGUAAGAAUGAAACAAGGCUUUCUUUAUCUCGAACAAUUAACUUGAUUGAAG